AUGCGUCUCUCACCUGCGUGGUACCAGUUUCUGGUAGGCGUCUUCGCCUCUCUCGGUUCAUUCCUUUACGGAUAUGAUCUCGGUGUAAUUGCGGAGGUCAUUGUCUGUGACUCUUUUACUUCAAAGUUUGCUGCUAAUUCGACACAAAGUGGACUUGUGGUUUCUAUGUUCACAACUGGUGCAUUCUUCGGUGCUGGAUUUGGAGGACCAAGUGGCGACUACUUUGGUCGACGAAAGACAAUCUCGCUGGGAUGUCUACUCUUCUGUCUAGGAGGGGGUCUACAGACUGGAGCACGAACCCUCGCUUUCCUAUAUAGUGGACGGUUUUUCGCAGGCGUUGGAGUUGGUUUUCUUACCAUGGUGAUCCCACUUUACCAAGCCGAGAUCUGCCACCCAAGCAUCCGUGGACGAGUCACCGCACUCCAACAAUUUAUGCUUGGUGUGGGAGCUCUGUGUGCUUCUUGGAUCUCAUAUGGUACCUACAUUGGGUUCUCUUCUACCAACGACGCUCAGUGGCAACUACCACUGGGUUUACAAAUGUUGCCCGCUGUGCUUCUCGGUCUACUGAUCAUGUUCUUUCCUGAGUCACCCCGUUGGCUCAUUGACCACGGUCGUUCGGAAGAUGGUCUUCGAACUCUGGCCAAACUUCAUGCUCAUGGAGAUGAAAAUGACCCUUGGGUUCAAGCGGAAUACUCUCAAAUUCAAGAGAGUAUCACCUUUGAACACGAGCAUGAGGCCAAAUCAUACGUCGAACUCUUCAAGAACAGGUCCUCUUUCCGACGUCUAUUCCUCUGCUGUGCCCUUCAAGCCUCUGUUCAAAUGACUGGAGUAUCUGCCAUCCAAUACUACUCCGUGACAAUCUACGAGCAAAUUGGUAUUUCUGGUGAAGCCACUCUACGUUAUCAAGCAAUCAACUCCAUCAUCGCCCUGAUCGCCCAAUUCCUUUGCAUCCUGUUCAUCGACCGUUUCGGUCGUCGCUGGACCCUGAUCGGUGGAAACUUAGGCAACAUGGUAACAUUCAUUAUUGCGACUGUGUUGUUAGCCAAAUUCCCACCCACCACCAACAGCACAGGUGCUCACUGGGCCUUCAUCAUCAUGACCUGGCUAUACAAUUUCUCAUUCAGCGCAACAUGCGGCCCACUGUCUUGGAUCAUCCCUGCCGAAGUAUUCGACACGAGGACUCGGUCCAAGGGUGUAUCUAUUGCGACCAUGACUUCGUUCGCAUUUAACACUAUGAUUGGUCAGGUUACGCCAAUUGCCAUGGGAAGUAUUCACUACCGGUAUUACUUCCUUUUCGUGAUUUGCAAUUUCACGAAUGCGCUCUUCUUCUAUGCACUGUUGCCAGAGACGAAGAAGGUGCCGCUUGAGGAGAUGAAUUACAUGUUCUCUCAUGCACCGUGGAUUGUACCUAGUUCAAGGAAGGAGGACUACUUGCCGCAUGAUUUGGAGCGGAAGGUUGAGGAGCAGGAGGUUAAGCAGAAUGCUGUGCAUUAUGAGUAG